AUGGCAUCCCCAACGACCUGGAUAAAAUUAUAUCACCAGGAAAUAGAAUCCCGAUUUUAUUCUUUCUCCAGUGAUGAGGCAAAUGUUGCCACACAUGACACCAGUGAUGAGGCAAAUGUUGCCACACAUGACACCAGUGAUGAGGCAAAUGUUGCCACACAUGACACCAGUGAUGAGGCAAAUGUUGCCACACAUGACAACAGUGAUGAGGCAAAUGUUGCCACACAUGACACCAGUGAUGAGGCAAAUGUUGCCACACAUGACACCAGUGUUGAGGCCAGUGUUGCCACACAUGACACCAGUGAUGAGGCCAGUGUUGCCACACAUGACACCAGUGAUGAGGCAAAUGUUGCCACACAUGACACCAGUGAUGAGGCCAGUGUUGCCACACAUGACACCAGUGAUGAGGCCAGUGUUGCCACACAUGACACCAGUGAUGAGGCAAAUGUUGCCACACAUGACACCAGUGAUGAGGCCAGUGUUGCCACACAUGACACCAGUGAUGAGGCCAGUGUUGCCACACAUGACACCAGUGAUGAGGCAAAUGUUGCCACACAUGACACCAGUGAUGAGACAAAUGUUGCCACACAUGACACCAGUGAUGAGACAGAUGUUGCCACACAUGACAACAGUGAUGAGGCAAAUGUUGCCACACAUGACACCAGUGUUGCCACACAUGACACCAGUGUUGAGACCAGUGUUGCCACACAUGACACCGAUGAAAAAAGCAGCUCGUUACUAUUGCGAGGAGAAUUUGACUUGACGUUAAUAGAGUAUAUACCUUAG